AAACGCACAACACAAGGAGAAACUUGGUGUCCAGGGGAGGCCCCCGGCGGCUGGAGCGCGGCGGAGGCAGGCGCGGAGGCCGGAGGCAGAGGAGGCGAGGGGCGGCCCGAGCGCGGGGAGGGAGCGAGGCGAGCGGUCAUGUGCCCGUGCCCCCUGCACCGCGGCCGCGGCCCCCCGGCCGUGUGUGCCUGCAGCGCGGGCCGCCUGGGUCUGCGCUCGUCAGCCGCGCAGCUCACGGCCGCCCGGCUCAAGGCGCUCGGCGACGAGCUGCACCAGCGCACCAUGUGGCGGCGCCGCGCGCGGAGCCGGAGGGCGCCGGCGCCCGGCGCGCUCCCCACCUACUGGCCCUGGCUGUGCGCGGCCGCGCAGGUGGCGGCGCUGGCGGCCUGGCUGCUCGGCAGGCGGAACUUGUAGGAACGCGGGGCUUCUUGGUGGGGCCGGAGCCGAGACCCAGCCGGAGCGAGCAACAGGUUGGUGAAAACCCUGUGUCCUUGGAGAAAGCUGGAUCCCGUUUUCCUGACGGGGAGCCCAGAGCUUGAAAGGCCGCAGUUGGCACUUCGAGAAGAAAGCGGAGAAUCAAGAUGUCGCCUGGA